AGAGGGCGCUCUCCGUUUGCCACAUGUCCGUACGUGAUCGAUACACACGAUUCACGAGAUCAGUGAUGUUCCUUCCUCGUCCUCCGUGAAAUAUGGCAGCAUCUUUAUCGUGUACGGAAAGCUCAGCAAGGCAGGUUGAGGAGUUGACCAGACAGCUUCACGUGCUAGUCUGCAAGUAUCGUUGGAUCACAGAAUCGUAUGUUGUGGAAUUCUUUCUGAAGGACCACUGGAGUCGUCUGCCUCCUUCCUGGCAGACAGCUCUUGCCUCUCUGACCCCACCCGACAUUGCAGAGUCCGUUCUUAUGAAUUCCCCACCCACCUCACAGAGGAGUGAGUCCUCAACUGUGUGGCCGCUGUCACUUCUGGCCUUCAGAGCCGCCACCCUUGCCUUGGCCCUCCGUCGCACCGCUGCCCAGCCGGCCAAGCUCCACCCCCAGAGUGGCAGGAACCCAGACUUGUCCCACUGCUACCGAGCGCACGUCAAACCCAAGAAGCAGCACGAGAUUGAACGAUUGGCCGCAGUCAUUAACACCAUGUGCGAGAAGGCCGCUUGCUGCCACAUCGUAGACGUUGGCUCGGGUCAGGGUCAUCUCUCCAGGCUCCUGUCCUUCGGUUAUGGUCACCGGGUCACUAGCAUCGAGGCGGUCGACUGCCAUGUGACCGGAGCCGCCAAGUUUGAUCAAGAGGUUAAGGCCUACUUUGAAAGGAAGGCCAGAGCCAGCGGAGUAGUCAAACCAGAGGGCAUUGCAUCACCCCACCACGUGGUGUGCACCGUCCACCCCUACAUCACAGUGGAAGAGUUCCUGUCGGUCAUAAGCGCCCGCACGCGAUCCAACCAGGAUGAUAGAGGGCCCCAUGCUGUUUCAAGGGAGGAUUGCCAGACAGGGAGACAGGCAUACACAAACAAAAGACUGAAGAUGGAUUCCGCAGAGAGUGGUAAUGUCAGAUCAGAUAAAUCAUCUUCCAGUACAGAUUUAUCAAUUGUUCAUGGGUGUACCAUCCCCAGUUCUUGCCAAGAUUGCUCUGCGACACAAGGGGAGACAAGCUGUCACCCAACUGGGAAACAUUCCCAGAGUGAGGCGUUUUUAGUGACAGGGCUGCACACAUGCGGUGAUCUGGGGCCGACGAUGCUGCGGACGUUUGCCGAGUGCCCCCCAGCGGUGGCCCUGGCUUCCGUGGCCUGCUGCUAUAUGAGGAUGUCUUUCUGCGACAAGUCUUGCGAAUGUCAUUACUCGCCCGUGACACUUCCUUCGCACAGCUGCGGAGAUGCAGCAAACCUUUCCUCUCCAAAUCAUCCUGGAAGUCCCAACCUAGACCAGUCAUGUUCUUCAGAGCCUCCAGCCAAAAGUUCAGGCAGCGACAAAGUCUCACGGCCCAAGGGCCUAAGUGCCUCAGAGUUGGACGUUCGGCUCCCUAUGAGCAAGCACGUCCAAUCUCUGUGUCACAAAGUGGGCUCAACUCUAAGCUUUGAACCCUUGGAGCUAGCCUGUCAUUUUAUUGAGGGUUACCGAGCAAGGUUAAAAGGUGAGUGCACCAAUAUUUCAUGUUUCUCUUUACAACAUAAUAAGACCGCACUGGCAACAAAAGACCGCACUGGCAACAAAAGACCACGAAUUGCCAACACUUUUUCAGUUGUCACCUCUGUAUCUGACCUGAAGGCUGAGCUGUCUCAUUCCACCCAUUUCUUGAAUCAAACGGGUCACAGUGGUUCUUUUUCUUCUCGCUCAUCCUCAGUCAGUGAUCCCAGCCUACUCACCCAGGGUUACCGGGCAGCCCUGGAGGUCCUGAUCCAAGAACAGUGCCCUGACCUCAACCGGAGCCAGGAGGGGGCACGGAGGAUCAGGAAGGGGGUCAGCAGCAUCAAGAGAGCCCACCAGAAGAGCUUCGAGGAGUAUGCCUCCAGCAUCCUCGGCAGGCUGGGCUUACAGAGCGACCCUGACAGGAUUCAUGCAGUCGGUGAGACUGUCCUACCCCGGUGGCACAACCUUCUGACCUACCACAGCCUACGCCAGCUGAUGGCCCCCGUUGUAGAGAGCCUGGUCCUGCUAGACAGAGCUUUAUUCCUCUUGGAUAAAGGUAUAGAGAGCAGUCUGGUGCCAAUCUUCGACCCACUACUGUCACCCAGGAAUUUGGUUCUGCUGGCUAUCAAGAAGACGAGGUGACAGACCCAGCUGCCACCAUUUUGGCCGUUUUUUUUUUAAAUUUUCGGUUUGAAUCUUGGAGUUGGGAGUCUCUCAGGCCUGUCAAUCAAGAUGGGACAGACUUUCUCCUUUUUGUCCUGGCCUUGUUCUUAGCAUCAAAAUACAUGGUUGACAACAUGGUAGGGAAACUUGGCUUCAGCACCCAGUAUAUUAAGCUUAUCAGGCAAAGUAGGGAAAACUAAAAACAUCCAUGAACAUAUACCACAGAGGCGCCACCUGCCACUUUGUAAAUUGCUUUUGUGAAAUACAAUUAGCCUGAUAACUUCCAUGUAAUCAUUCUAUAACAGCCGUAAACCGAUCUUAUGAUGUGGUAAAGUUAAUGUGCAAUUUUGGAAAAAUACAAUUCUUGUUAGACAAAUAGGGGCAAUGUCUCUCUAUUUUGGGGUUGCCUUAAUGUUAAAUUUAGGCUAUUCCUCAUGUAGUAAUAUUGCUUGGCUAAUUGGCUUUCACAUUGUCUGAACCCCCUCCCUUACCAAACAACUCAACAUGUUUCUGCCAAUGCACAAAUGCGUCAAGAUUAUAAGAUAUUAACACUUCUUUCUACUGCCAGAAUGUCAAAAAAGCUAGGGUGAAAAAUCAAUUUGAUCCCUCCUGCAAGGACCUGUAGUACGACCAUUUCCUCUGAGUAAAGAGAGCAAAUCGGCGAGUUAUGUGUAUAAA